AUGUCAGGUACCAAAGGCAGGAAUCAAAAAGAGUAUGAUAUUUCAAGUGUAAGGAAUCUGACUGUAAAGACUGUCCUGAAUCCUCCGUCCAAACUGUUGUUCAAGUAUGAUGAUGAUGCCGGAUCCCGCAAGCUAGGUCCUAGAUAA